CAAAAACAAAAACCACAACCUUCACUUCACAAGCACAAAACACCAACACAAAUCUCUCUCUCUCUCUCUCUCUGGUUUCCACAUGAGAGGCUAAAACUUGAGCGACCCAAUUGAAAGAAGAAUAAAGGCCAUGGCUUUUCUUCUACACAACCUCUCUCCCUCUCUUCUUCUCCAUCACAAACCGAAAGAAAAAGCCUUCAUUCACCAAUCACUCUCCCCCCAAGCAACAAAACCCGAUUCUCACGCUCCCCUCUUCCUCGCUUCUCCUUCUGCCUCCACCAGCCUCCAAACCCUUCCCCUCCAGGGCGUGGCUCGGGUUAACACUCCCCCUGGUGCGCAGGAUAAUCACCAGAAGGACGACUUCUAUCUCAACCUUGGCCUUGCUGUACGGACACUCCGUGAAGACCUCCCUUUGCUAUUCACCAAGGACCUCAAUUAUGAUAUUUACAGGGAUGAUAUUAUAUUUGCAGACCCGUUGAACACGUUCAGCGGUAUUGAAAAGUACAAAUUGAUCUUCUGGGGAUUGAGAUUUCACGGUAAAAUCCUGUUCCGCGAGAUUUCACUUGAGGUAUUUAGGAUUUGGCAACCUUCAGAGAACGUGAUUUUGAUAAGGUGGAACUUGAAGGGCGUCCCUCGGGUUCCAUGGGAGGCGAAAGGGCAGUUUCAGGGCACGUCGAGGUAUAAAUUGGAUCGAAAUGGCAAAAUUUACGAACACAAGGUUGACAAUUUAGCGUUUAAUUUCCCGCAGCGGCUCAAACCGUCUGUUUCAGUGUUGGAUUUGGUGGGUGCUUGCCCCGCGAGUCCUAAUCCGACGUUCUUGUUUGGGCCGGUGGAUGUCUAUCCAUCUUCGUGGGUUCAGUUUUAUCGGGCGGUAAGGGAGACAUUGGAUCAAGAAAGUAGCUUUCUUUCACAAGAUGGUUUGGUUUCUUGUUCAUAGUUAGUGAGCUACAGCAACUCAUACCUUGAAUUUAUACGUAUAUAUAUAAUAUAUGUAUUAGUAUUUUUAGUGCAUUUCAUUUUGUAUGAAAUAUUAUAUGGGUAAAUAGCAAAUAAAUAAUUGUUUUUGUUGAAGAACAAGGGUGUAUCGUAUGUACAUAGGCAGGUAUGCUGGAGGGGAUAUCAAUGUACUUGUUUUGGUGGGAGGCCGAGAAGCUAUGGCAUAUAUUGGUGAGCUCAUACGGGACUGAUAUGUAUGUAUACAAAAACCUUGAUUACUGCUUUUAGUGAAUCUAGUUCUACAUUUAUUCUGUCAACAAAA